AUCACGGUCUUUUUCCAUAAUGUCGCCAGCAAUCCACGCUCAGUCACUCACACGAAGUAUACGGGAUUCCCUGCAAUUGAGCCAGGUAAUGUGUUAUUGCUACACCUACUGGCGUAAAAUCUGCACCGAUAUCGGUGCAAAAUUUUACAUCCUCAGUAAUAGCACUGAAAGGUGUCACUAGAGCACUCUAGUUCUAACAGUGAGUAGGUGUGUAGGACUACCACUCGACGGUGUAGGUAGAGCACUAAUUUUUUAACAGUGCACGGUGCGGCAGCUUAAUUACAAUCUAGAGUUCUAAUUAUUCGAGUUCUAGUUUGAGCAGCGCCGCGGAAGCUCCAAGUAGUAAAUUCGACCAAUCGCCUACUGUCAUACGUGGCUACCGCCUAGUGAAUUGCUACGCCUAGAAACAGGAGAGAAACUGACUUUAGAUAUACAGUCUCUAGCAGGUGUGCAGCAUGAUGCAAUACUCAUCUAGAUAUAUUUGGCUAUCUAGCUGUGUAGUGUGACUGAGUAUGAUACUAUUAUUAGUUACUAUGAUGUCACGCGAGUGCAUGAAUGAGCAUGCAUAGAGAGUGAGUCAAUCGGUACGUAUUCACCGGUUGGGGUGUAACUAGUCUGUAAAGAGUCUGUAUUCUUACGUUGUGUGCUAAAGACAAUAGUAAUACGUGUCUGGUGCCUUAAUACGAACCCGAUAACGCUACAUGGUGUCAGGAGUUAAGGUAUGGCACAGUCACAGUUGCAAAUACCGAUGCAAUUUGACUUCAGCAAACCGGAGGACUGGGAACGCUGGAUGAGAAGAUUCGAAAGAUUUCGACAAGCAUCAGGAUUAGCAGAGAAGACAGACGAGUCUGACACAAGUAAGUACGUUGAUCUAUUCUAUGGGUGACAAGGCAGAGGAUGUGCUGCAGACGUUAGGAUUGAACGAGGAGCAGAAGAAAGACUACAAGACCGUAAAACAGACUAUGACGAGCUUCUUUGUGAAGAAAAGGAAUAUAAUUUACGAACGCGCGAAGUUUAAUCAAAGAGUUCAAUUUGAAGGUGAACCAGUGGAUGAAUUUAUUACUUCGUUAUACAGUUUGGUAGAACAUUGUAGUUAUGGAGAACUUACGAACGAAAUGAUUCGGGACAGAUUGGUAGUUGAACUGAGAGAUGCAAAGUUGUCAGAGCAACUUCAACUUGAUGCGGAGUUAACGCUUGAAAAAGCAAUGACAAAGGUAACACAAUCGGAGUCAGUAAAGAAACAACAAGAUGUAAUUAGAGCUUCUGCUGAAACAACGCAAGUAGCUAGAGUAAAGUCUAAUCAAGUUUGGAAGGACCAUAAGAAACUAGGAAGUUACACAACGGCAAGGAAAUUUUUCCAAGCGGAGGGUAGGAAACGCUGCCACAGAUGUGGGAAAGUGCCAGAGCACAGCAAGAGUCAAUGUCCUGCUAAAGACUGUAGAUGUAAGAAGUGUGGUAGAAUGGGUCAUUUUGCUCAAAUGUGCAAAACGGAAAAGGUUUCGGAAAUACACGUAUCAGAGAAACAGUAUCUUGGUUGCAUUACUAAGGAAAUUUCGUCAGCAACAAAUAGUAGUAGUAAACAUGAGCCUUGGACGGUGACACUGUUAGUUGAUAAAGUCCCAAUAAAUUUCAAGAUUGACACCGGAGCAGAUGUGAAUGUUCUUCCUGAAAAUAUAGCUAGAAAUGUUUUCGGAACAAGGUUGAAGAAGUCUAUACGCUGUCUGAAAGGACCGAAUCAGAAGUCACUAGAAGUAUGUGGACAGAUAAAAUGUAAAUUAGAAAAAGGAAGUCAGUCAGUUAAAGAGGAACUGUAUGUCAUUAAAGGUCUCAGGAAACCAUUAGUAGAACUUCCCACGAUAAAAGCUUUGAAACUAAUCACGAGAGUUGAUCAAGUAGAUGUGGAUCACGAAAUGAUAGACAAACAUCCGAAAUUGUUUAGUGGGUUAGGAGUUAUGAAGCGAAAGUAUAAAAUAGAGCUGAAAGAGAACGCACAACCAUAUGCUCUAUCAACUCCAAGAAGAAUUCCUAUACCGUUAUUGCCAAAGGUAAAAGAAGAAUUAGUUAGGAUGGAGAAAGAUAAUGUCAUUCAAAAAGUGGAAGAGCCAACAGAUUGGGUUGUAGGAAUGGUUGUAGUAUCUAAACAGAAUGGAAAGGUGAGAAUUUGUGUUGAUUUAACUCAGUUGAACAAGUGUGUUAAGAGAGAGAGACACAUUAUGACUAGUGUUGAUCACGUGUUAGCUCAGUUGGAAAAUGCUGUGGUAUUUUCAAAACUUGACGCAAACUCAGGUUAUUGGCAAAUUCCAUUGACACAAGAGUGUGCACCAUUAACAUUCAUCACACCAUUUGGUAGAUAUUUUUUCAAACGUUUACCUUUUGGGAUUACUUCAGCUCCAGAAGUAUUUCAAAAGAGGAUUUCACAAAUUUUGGAGAACUUGAAAGGGGUUAUCUGUUUAAUGGACGAUAUUUUGGUAUUCGGUACUAAUCAACAAGAACAUGAUCGUAGGUUGAAAGCGGUGUUAGGAAGAUUGCAGGAAGCUGGAGUUACUUUGAACAAGGAAAAGUGUCUGUUCUCAAAACGAAGAAUAAAAUUCUUGGGUCAUGUAAUUGAUUCACAUGGAAUUAGUUCAGAUCCAGACAAAGUUUCAGCAAUUCUGAAUUUAAAGGAACCAAGAAACAGAACUGACAUUAGGAGUUUUUUGGGAAUGGUCAACCAACAAAGUAAGUUUGUAAAAGGAUUAGCAACGUUGACUGAACCUCUCAGAGCAUUAUUGUGUGGUCGAAAUGCUUGGAUCUGGGAUGAUAGACAAAGGAAAGCGGUAGCAGAAAUCAAGAAGAGAUUAAGUGAAGCCUCCGUACUAGCAGUCUAUAAUCCAGAGAGAGAAACGAGAGUUGCUUCAGAUGCUUCUUCGGUAGGACUAGGAGCAAUGAUUGAACAAAAACAGAGCAACGGAAUUUGGAGAGCCAUAGCAUAUGCAUCACGUUCGUUAACACCGUGUGAAAGAAAAUAUGCUCAAAUUGAAAAAGAAUCUUUAGCUUCAGUGUGGGCUUGUGAAAAGUUUUCAUGUUAUCUUGUAGGCAAGACUUUCACGUUAUUAACGGAUCAUAAACCGUUGUUGACUUUGUUCGGACGAAAAGAAUUGGAUGAACUACCACCACGGAUUCAAAGAUUUAGAAUGAGACUGAUGCGAUAUGAAUACAAGAUAGACUAUGUACCAGGAAAAGAACUAGGAACGGCGGACACUCUUUCUAGGUAUCCAGUUGAUGAACCUACAGAGAUUGAUCACGAAUUUGUAGAAAUAGUCGAAACGUGGGUUAACCAAGUUAUGGAUCAUAUUCCUGCCAGUGAUAAAAGAUUAGAACAAGUUCGGCAAAUGCAAAAAGAAGAUUGGUUAUGCCAACAAGUAAGAAGGUUUACAGAUGAUGGUUGGCCAGAGAAAAGAAAUCUGCAUGGAGAAUUGAAGAAGUUUGCUGCAUUGUCUUCGGAGAUAACUGUGCAAAGAGAUAUAUUGGUAAGAGGAUCACGAUUGAUAAUUCCCGACAAACUAAGAAGAGAAAUGAUUGAGAGAAUUCAUGAAGGACAUCAAGGCAUUGUAAAGUGUAGAGAAAGAGCUAAAGCUGCGAUAUGGUGGCCAGGUAUGAGUAAGGAGCUAAGGGAGUAUGUUUUUUCCUGUCCUGUAUGUUCGAGAGAGAAAGACGUAAUCACAUAGAGCCAUUAAUUACAACACCUUUACCUUUAUUGCCUUGACAAAAGAUUGGAACAGAUCUUUUUGAAUUCAAAGGAUCGCACUAUCUUCUUGUAAUAGACUAUUUUUCUCGUUACAUAGAAGUUGUUGAAGUUCGAAGCAUGACAUCAGUUCAUAUCAUCAAUCAAUUAAAAGCUAUAUUCUCUAGACAUGGAGUUCCAGAAUGUGUGGUUUCGGAUAAUGGGACACAGUAUACAUCUGAAGAAUUUAAUAUAUUUGCAAACGAGUAUGGAUUUAAUCACGUUACGUCAAGUCCAAAGUAUCCAAAAGCCAAUGGAGAAGCCGAAAGAGCGGUGAAAACAGUGAAGACGUUAUUACAGAAAGCCAAGGAUCCAUAUCUUGCAUUACUGUCAUAUAGAACAACACCGUUAAGCAAUGGAUUUAGUCCUUCUCAAUUGUUGAUGUCAAGAAGGCUAAGGUCAAAUUUACCUAUGUCAGUGGAGCAAAGAAAACCUGAAGUUCCCAACAUGCAACUUUUGAGGAAGAGAGAAGUAGAUCAGAAGAGAAAGAAGAAAGUCACCUAUGACAAACGUCAUAAAGUGCAACAUCUCUAUUAGCUUAAGGUGCAGCUAGUGGAAACACGGCCAUAUACAGUCAAUACUGAUUGAUAUAUACAGUCAAUACUGAUCUAUUUAUACAGUCACUAUGUUGAUUGACUUAUACAGUCAAUGAAAAUAGACAGACAGACAGACAGACAGACAGACAGACAGACAGACAGACAGACAGACAGACAGAUGUGAAUGUUUGAUCUAAAUGGAAAAUAUAUGUAUUGAGACAGACAGACAGACAGACAGACAGACAGACAGACAGACAGACAAGGACACUUAUGUCCCUUUACUUUGCUUAAUCUGCAAAUUGUAUUUAGCUGUUGGACAGUGUAAACUGUACUUAGCCUUCCUUGCUAUUAUAUUGUUUGAAACUUUCUAACUUCAUUUAUGAAAAUAUAUGGAAAGACAAACAGAAAGGCUGCAGACAGGCAAACAGACAGUAGACAGUAGAACGUACGGACAAACAGAAUUUAAAAUAGGGCUUUGCGAUGGCCAUGCAAUUGAGACAAUGAUUUUGUUGAUUCCCAUGCAGACUAAAUGAUCUUGGCUCUAUAUAAAGAAUGUUGGACAUUUUUCUCAGCAACAUAUAGCAGAAUUGUUUCUCAAGAAUUGCCAACCAUUUGUAUUUCCAUUGAUAGGAAUAAGAGAGUUGCAUGGCUCCAUCAUACGUACUGCAUAAGCUGUCCCACACUACUAACGACAUCUCUCCAUUCUUCACAGCUUUGCCUUUUCCAAGUGACUCUCUCGUGUUGUCUACUCGUUGCAUUUACCAGUA